AGAUUCUCCAGAAGAAAAAAAAGAAAACGAACAACGAAGGAUAAAAAGGAAAAGCGACGGAGAGGCCAAGAGGAGGAGGAGAAGCCACCACAUUGCCUUGGGUUUCUCCGCCUCUUCAUCCUUAUCAGGAAUUGUCGUUUUCUAAUUUGAUCUGACGUGUAAUGGCGGCGGUCUCGUGCUCCACGGCUAGCUCUAGCGGUGGAUGUGGAUUGAGGAGGUCUCAACUAAAGACAUGUGCAUUCACCUCUCUUAAUUUCAGCAGAACUGGGCCAAACUCUCAGAGUGACAGAUUAAGUAUGGCAAUGGUACAUGGCAACCGUAAGGCAAGGGGAACAACAACUAUACGUAUGGCAUUAGUCGACGAAAGACAAUCCACGUGCCAAAAUAUUGUCGACCCUCCCCGGAUCCUGGCGUACGAUCUUGUUCAAGGGGCCCUUGUGAAGUGGAGAUGGAAGGAGGACAAGUCUGUUCCAGAUACACCUACUGCUCUUCUUCUACAUGGAAUUUUAGGCUGCGGCAAAAACUGGGGCACUUUUGCUCGAAGAUUGGCUCAUGAGUUCCCAACUUGGCAGUUUCUCAUGGUAGACUUGCGUUGCCAUGGUGAUUCAGCGUCUCUCAAGAAGAGAGGUCCACAUUCUGUUGCUACAACUGCUUCUGAUGUUCUAAAACUUGUUUCUCAGUUGAAGUUAACACCUCGGGUCCUUGUUGGUCACAGCUUUGGAGGGAAAGUUGUUUUAAGCAUGGUGGAGCAAGCAGCUAAGCCUCUUCCUCGUCCAGUCCGAGCUUGGGUGUUGGAUGCCACUCCUGGAAAGGUUCGUGCAGGAGGAGAUAGAGAGGAUCAUCCUCGAGAGCUUAUAUCAUUUCUACGUACAUUGCCUACAGUGGUAUUAUAUUAUAAUAUCCAUUCACUCAGCAAUGGUUGUUCAACUGAAACAAUCUUGGUGUGUCGUGUGCAGUGGGUUAUUACCAAUCUUAGACCUACUGGACCAUCGUGCUCUAGCUUCUCGUGGACAUUUGACUUGGACGGGAUCUCUCAACUUUAUCAGUCCUACGAAGACACAAAUCUAUGGUAAACCUCCGUUUGUUUUAGUGGGACCAAACUUGUGUUAUACUUUGCCUAUCUAUAUUCUAUACUCAAACUGGUAAAAUAUUGCUUUUCACAAAAUAAAAAAGGAACUUUGUUGAGAACCUGCCAAGAGGAGUACACGUGAAUUUUCUUAAAGCGGAAAGAAGCUUGCACCGUUGGGCACUAGAAGACCUUCAACGGAUCCACGCCGCUGAAGAGCUCGCCUCUGAAGAAGGAGGCGGCGUAGAAAUGCAUGUCCUUGAAGAUGCCGGUCACUGGGUUCAUACCGAUAACCCGGAUGGCCUCUUCAGGAUCUUGUCAUCUUCAUUUCAGGUUCUCAGAGCCUAGAGGUGCGAAACGGUUUAGGUUAUGCCUUUUUGUUGUUUGAUAUAUACUUGUGGAGAAGUUGUCUUAAGUACGUCUGACAGAUACGAUAUCUUAUACACCAACAUCGUGUCCGUGUAAUGUUUUGGGUGACGUGAAUAACAAGAUAAAACAUAAAGCUGAAUUAUUAUCCGCUUGUUCUUGAUUGUAUGUCAUUUACGUUGCCUUAUUCAGCGGAGAAAGUUAUGAAGGAGGAAAGUCUCAUAUAUUCCUCCCGCCUAAAAAAAUUACUUGUAUGUAUUCGGUUUCGAAGAAACGAUACAGAAAACAAGUGAGGGUAUUCUUCUUCUUCAAACGAUGGAGAAAAAGUAGGAAGUGAGGGUUA